AUGUUCUUUGUGCCCGAGCCUACUCUGAUGUCCGUCAUUGAUCCGUACUUACUACUACCUCUACAGCUGCUAUUUUAUGCUCUCUACCGUGUCGUUCGAACUAUUAUAUUUGUAGAAUCAGAUUUAUACACAUUGGCACGGAAGCUCAUCCAACAUGAGAGAACUGGAAAUGUGGAAUUUUUCAAUAUUUUAACACGGUACCGGCUGGAUUCCACAGAUAUUGCCCAAGACCAUGAUUUUCUAUUAUUCAACGAUGGUUUUGGGAUUCUUGACGAAUUAAUCGAACCAUGUUGGAUGAUCUAUACCAUAACAGAACGAUACGUGUACUUUGUUCGAAUACCGUACGAAUCAUCACAGUCCAUUUCUAAGACACCCCGUCUGACGGCACUUUGUCACAGCUCAGCUGAUCGGGUCGCCCGAAUGGAAAUCGGCGAAUUCGUCAGGGAAACAAAAUCGAGGAUUCCUUCGUCAAAAGGACGAGUUGUCAUGCUUCAUAGUUCACCCUGCAGCGGUGGCAGCAUGCUCGGCCGAUUGCUAAGCUCUGUCGACACGUCAGAAACUCGACUAGUUGUGCUCGGUGAACCGCCUGUAUUGAGUGCCUUAGCUGUUCUUGCUCAACUUUCAUCGAUCGAAACUAUGCGAUCGAUAACUUUUGCCGCUUUGCGGUUUUCAAUGCGAAAUAUAGAAAAAGAUCAGGUCGUCGUGAUGAAGGCCAGGUUAGUGUUUGUUAUUCUCUUAUCUUUUUCAUUUACUUAUUUGAUCAUUUAUUUAGUA